UCUGUGGUGCCUGCUGGUCAGCAAGUAACUUUAGGUUCCAGUUUGAUAAAGACUUCCUGUGGUGGAAACUGAAGGGAAGAGGAAAGAGCUGGACCAUUCCUGCUUGGGAGGUUCUGGGAGAAGGAAGAUGGCCAGAACCUUGUGUGUACAGCAGGCCUUCUGGCUUCUGCAGAGGACACUACUGUUCUUGGGACCUAGUGCUGUUCCUCAAGCAUGGGCCUUGAACCUGAACCCAGUGCAGGUCACCUUCUAUACAGGCCCCAAUGGCAGCCACUUUGGAUUUUCAAUGGACUUUCACAAGGACAGCCAUGGGAGUGUGUCCAUCGUGGUGGGAGCCCCCAGAGCCCUCAGUCAACGCCAGGAGGAGACUGGCGGCGUGUUCCUGUGCCCCUGGAAGGCCAGCGGCAGCCAGUGCACCCCACUGCCCUUUGACCUCAGGGAUGAGACCCAAAGCACAGGCUCCCAAACUUUCCAAAGCUUCAAGGCCGGGCAAGGACUUGGGGCGUCAGUCGUCAGCUGGAAUGACGUCAUUGUGGCCUGCGCUCCCUGGCAGCACUGGAACGUUCUGGAAAAGAAAGACCAGGCGGAGAAGACUCCCGUAGGUGGCUGCUACUUGGCUCAGCUCCAAAGUGGCGGCCGCGCGGAAUACUCGCCCUGUCGCGACAACACCACGAGCUCGGUUUAUGUAGAAAAAGAUUUCAGUCGAGACAGGCGAUACUGUGAAGCCGGCUUCAGCUCGGUGGUCAGCCAGGCCGGGGAGCUGGUGCUUGGGGCUCCUGGCGGCUACUUUUUCGUAGGUCUGCUGGCCCUGGCUCCAAUCCCAGACAUCAUCUCCAGUUACAGCCCGGGUACCCUUCUGUGGAAAGUUCUCAAACAAGACUUCACCUUCGACUCCAGCAACCCUGAAUACUUCGACGGCUACCGGGGGUACUCGGUGGCCGUGGGCGAGUUCGAUGGGGAUCUGAGCACUACAGAGUACGUCUUUGGUGCCCCUACUUGGAGCUGGACCUUGGGAGCGGUGGAAAUUUUGGAUUCCUACUACCAGAGGCUGCACCGACUGCACGGAGAGCAGAUGGCUUCAUAUUUCGGGCAUUCGGUGGCGGUCACUGAUGUCAAUGGAGACGGCAGGAGACACGACCUACUGGUGGGCGCUCCCCUGUAUAUGGAGAGCCGGGCAGACCGCAAGCUGGCCGAGGUGGGGCGGGUGUACUUGUUCCUGCAGCCCCGAGGACCCCAAGCUCUGAACACCCCCAGUCUCCUGCUGACUGGCACUCAGCUCUAUGGGAGAUUUGGAUCCGCCAUUGCACCCCUGGGAGACCUCAACCGGGAUGGCUAUAAUGAUGUUGCAGUGGCUGCCCCAUAUGGCGGUCCCAGUGGUCAGGGCCAAGUGCUGGUGUUCCUGGGUCAGAGCGAGGGACUGAGUCCACGCCCCUCCCAGGUCCUGGACAGCCCCUUCCCCACAGGCUCUGGCUUUGGCUUCUCCCUUCGUGGUGCUGUAGACAUUGAUGACAAUGGAUACCCAGACUUGCUGGUAGGAGCUUAUGGGGUCAGCAAGGUGGCUGUGUACAGAGCUCAGCCAGUAGUGAUGGCCACUGUCCGACUGCUGGUGCAAGACUCCCUGAAUCCUGCUGUAAAGAACUGUGUCCUGCAACAGACCCAGACGCCGGUCAGCUGCUUCAACAUCCAGAUGUGUGUGGGAGCUACAGGAUACAACAUUCCUCAGAAGCUGGAUCUAAACAUGGAGCUGCAGCUGGACCUGCAGAAGCCUCGCCAAGGUCGGCGGGUGCUCCUUCUGGCCUCCCAACAGUCCAGCCUCACUCUGAACCUGGACCUAGGUGGAAGGCAUGACCCUAUCUGCCACAACACCUCAGCCUUCCUUCGAGAUGAAGCUGACUUCCGGGACAAGCUGAGCCCCAUUGUGCUCAGCCUCAACGUGUCACUACCCCUGGAAGAGACUGGAGUAGCCCCUGCUGUUGUGUUACAUGGAGAAACCCAUGUCCAGGAACAGACCCGGAUCAUCCUGGACUGUGGUGAAGAUGAUCUGUGUGUGCCGCAGCUCCAGCUCACAGCCACUGUGAAGGGCUCCCCACUUCUAAUUGGUGCUGACAACAUGCUGGAGCUGAAGAUUGAUGCUGUCAAUGAGGGUGAGGGGGCCUAUGAAGCAGAGCUGGCCGUACACCUGCCCCCAGGUGCUCACUACAUGCGGGCACUCAGCAACAUUGAGGGCUUCGAGAGACUCAUCUGCAACCAGAGGAAAGAGAAUGAGACCAGGGUGGCAUUGUGCGAGCUGGGCAACCCCAUGAAGAAAGAUGCCCAGAUAGGAAUCACAAUGUUGGUGAGUGUAGAGGACCUGGAAGAGGUUGGAGAGUAUGUGUCCUUCAAGCUGCAGGUCAGGAGCAAGAACAGUCAGAAUCCAAACAGUGAAGCUGUGCUGUUGCAAGUGCAAGUUCAAGCAGCCGCCACAGUGGAGCUCCUAGGGAAUUCCUUCCCAGCAUCCCUGGUGGUGGCAGCAGAUGAAGGUGACAGGGAGCAGACUGGUCUGGACCACUGGGCCCCCAGGGUGGAACACACCUAUGAGCUCCACAACAACGGCCCUGGCACUGUGAGCGGCCUCCGCCUCAACAUCUACUUCCCCGGCCAGUCCCAACCCUCUGACCUGCUCUAUAUCAUGGACGUACAGCCCCACGGGGGUCUCCUGUGCUCCCCACAGCCUUCUCCCAACCCCCUCAAGCUGCACUGGAGGCUGCCCACUCCCAGCCCUUCCCCUACUCGCACUGUCCAUCACAAGCGUGAGCGCAGACAGGCGUUCCUACAGGAGCUGGAGCAGCCUGGGCAGCAGAACCCAGUUCUCGAGAGCUGCAACUCGGCGCCCUGUACAGUGGUGCAGUGUGAGCUGCCGGAGAUGGUGCGCGGGCAGCGGGCCAUUGUCACGGUGCUGGCCAUGCUGGGACUGUCCAGCCUUCGCCAGAGGCCUCAGGAGCAGUUUGUGCUUCAGUCGCACGCUUGGUUCAACGUUUCCUCUUUACCCUACGCGGUGCCGCCGGUCAGCCUGCCCAGCGGGCAAGCUCUGGUGCAGACACAACUGUUUCAGGCCUUGGAAGAAAGGGCCAUUCCGAUCUGGUGGGUGCUGGUGGGUGUGCUGGGCGGCCUGCUGCUGCUCACCCUUCUAGUCUUGGCCAUGUGGAAGGUGGGCUUCUUCAAACGGAACCGACCACCUCUGGAGGAAGAUGAAGAGGAAGAGUGAUAGCACCAUUACUCAGUCCUGAGAAAGGCUGGGGUGGUGCCUGUGUCACCCCUCAUCUCCAUUCAGUUGCCCCUGCUCAUUCCUCCAGGAGUUGGAACUGUUCCCUGGGAGCCUUCCCCUCUCAACAGAGUGGGCACACCCCCUUUCCUAUUGCCUAAUAAACAGGUUGGCCCUAACAGUCACAAUUCUGCCUCCUCUUGGCGUUAGAGGAGAAAAGAGGGAACUGAAGGGAUAUUUCUGGGGACCAAGGCUGGUGGCAGUUUGAGCAGAGUGAGACUC